UGAAUGCAGCACACUUGCGCUGACGUUAGAUUGUCAACAAGCUGCAACCGCUUCGCUCCAUGUUCCUCACACGCGUCUACCAACAGGUUCAACUCCGUGAUUGUUCGCCGUGAACCGAAGAAAUAGAAAGAUAUGCUUAACGUUGGACACGUGAGUGACCCGGAGCACUGACAUGGAAAGUGCGGGCAAGGCGGCGCUGCAGCGACCCGCGGCCGAGCUGACCGUCGUGGACGUGUACGACAUCGCGGCGGUGCUCGGUCGGGACUUCGAGCGGGUCAUCGACAGGUUCGGGUGCGAGGCUUUGGUGGGGGUCGUUCCCAAGGUAGUGCGUCUGCUGGAGCUUCUGGAGGCGCUGGUGAGCCGCGGAGCCGCCGGACAAGAGGCCGAGGAGAUGCGGAGGGAGCUGGACCGGUUGCGACAGGAGCGCAGCGACCGGUCGGAGCAGGAGCGGAGGCACCAGCAGGAGCUGGAGCUGGUGGAGGACGCGUGGAGAGCAGAAGUCCAGGACCUGCUGUCUCAGAUCAGCCAGCUCCAGGCAGAGAACAGCAGGUUGGCGGCGAGUCUGUCUCUCAUACACUCUGUCACCGAGGACGAGCAACAGAGACGAGAGGGUGGGUUGUCCGCAACAGGCAUGGCAGAAAAAGAGAGACAGGUGAUGAAGAAUCUGAAAGACUUAGUGGAUAAACAGAAAGACGAAAUCCGGGCAAAAGAGCAUGAAUUGGCACUAAAACAAGAGGAUAUUGAGGCUCUCCAGAUGCAGCAGCAUCGACUGAUGAGGCUUAACCAGGACCUCCGUCACAGGACAGGGGUGAUGGAGGCUCAGGGCAAGGUGCUGAUCCAGCAGAGGGCAGAGCUGGAAGCUGCAGCCCAGGCGCAGCAGCAGGAACAACUCGCCCUGCAGCUGGAGGUCACGAGGCUGAGGAAGGAGCUCAGAGAAUGGGAGCUGGAAAAAGAGGUUGCAGAAAUAGAAGAGUUCUCUCUUACGAGACCUGGAACGUUUUUACCAUCAUCACCACAGGAGCACCAGUCCUCAGCAGCAGCACUGUCCAACUCCACCAAACCAAAGUCAGUGUGGGUGGAAUGUGGAGAGGACCCUGGCUUCCUGGUGAACUGCGAUAAAAGUCCUUCCCUUUAUCCAACACCACUGAACAAGAAGGGUGCAGAGGAGAAGGACACAACAGCUUUGUUACAGGUGUCAAAUAACAAAGAGCCAGAGGAGGAGGUAGACAGUCUGGAGCAGGAGUCGGACCAGCCGCGCUUCACCCUGCAGGAGCUGCGGGACGUCCUGCAGGAACGAAAUGAACUCAAGGCAGAGGUGUUCAUGCUGCAAGAAGAGCUGGCGUAUUACAAAAGUGAGGAGUUUGAAGAUGACGUCAGCGCCACUGUUUGUCCUCCGUCUUCUCCUCCCUGCUCUAAUUCUUCUGAGCAGCCCGAAUCAGGGAUAAGACGUCUGAUUUUCACUGCCAUAAUGCCAAUGGUUGCAGCUGGUUUAAUUGCAGACGAUCCUACAUUGUUGCCAAUCAGAAGACUUGUUUCCCUUGUGUGACUUUAAUUUGGAUUUAAUAUGUAGUUUUUAUGCAAUUGUUCUUUUUUUUACUUCAUGAGUGAUGGUUUAUCGCGGAAGACAAGUUGCAGGCAGACAUGAAAGUGUUAUCUUUCAGUGUUUUUGCUUGAUGCAUCACAACUCAACAGUUAUAAUGUAUUUGUUUACAUGUAAUAACAAGUAGCACCUGAAAUAUGGAGAAUUCCUCGUCCGUAUAAAUAAUUAUAUUGUGCAGCAGAAAUGGCUUCAGCCGCCAAGGUUUCACUUGGCAGUAAAUAAGCAAGUUGGUCAGUGCUUUUCCUGUUACUGUUAACUUUCAGCACAAGCUCAUGGUACCUUGUGGUUUAGAAUACAAAAUACCUGAUGAAAUAUACAAUAACAAUGAUAAAAAAACAACCACCCAACGUGGAACUAUCAAUAUAAACUGUUACAUUAAAAAUAUGUUUAUUCAGAAUAAAUAAUCAGUCAUACAUUUCA